ACUUUUCUUUGUACCUAUAUCCUAUUACUCAUGAAGUUAAUGACUUUUCUUCAAUGCCUACCAUGGACCUGAAACAGCUAGAUUCAUUUAACCUAACUGAUUUUACUAUUGCAUACUCACCUAUGACCAAUACAAUCCAACAGAUAAAUAAAGUUGCUUCAGCCUCCUUUGUAAAUGAUAAAGGAAUCUUUGGAAUGCCUGAUGAAGAAAGUACUGAAGAAUUCGCACACUAUCAUUUUGGGCCAGUAAUAAGAGUCAUCUUUACUAAUACAUUCUCAUAUCACUUGAAAUUCAUGCUUAGAUAUGCAGUUUCAACACAGAAGGAACACGGGGACCAUAUAGACCCUUGUUAUGAAUCCUAUGGAGACAUUCAUUGUGCAGUUACAGAAUUCUGGAAAAACGGUAUAGUGACUCUUCAGGCUGCCAUUAAUGCUGCUAUUAUAGAAGUCACAACAAAUCACUCAGUGAUGGAGGAAUUGAUGUCAGUUACUGGCAAAAAUAUGAAGAUACAUCCCUACGUUAGUCAAGAUGGAUUAAUGACUGACUUUUUCAUUUUCUUCUGCAUUAUUUCCUUUUCCCCAUUUGUUUACUAUGCCUCUCUUAAUGUUACAAGAGAGAGGAAAAGGAUGAAGGGCUUGAUGACAAUGAUGGGUCUGCGAAAUGCAGCAUUCUGGCUCUCCUGGGGUUUGCUCUAUGCUGGCUUCAUCUUCAUUACUAGCCUUUUCUUGGCGUUUAUUGUAAAAUCUGCCCAGUUUUUGAUUUGGGCUGGCUUCAUGAUGAUCUUCACCCACUUUUUCCUCUAUGGAUUGUCAUUGAUAGCUUUGGCUUUUCUAAUGAGCGUCUUGAUAAAGAAAUCCUUUCGCACUGGCCUGGUUGUGUUCCUUCUCACUGUCUUUUGGGGGAGUCUAGGAUUCACAGUAUUAUACAGACACCUUCCUGCUUCCUUGGAGUGGCUGUUAGGUUGCUUCAGCCCGUUUGCCUUCAUGCUUGGAAUGGUCCAGCUCCUACGUGUAGACUAUGAUUUGAAUUCUAAUGCACUUCCUGAUUCAUCGGACUACUCAAAUCAAAUAAUAGCAACAAAUUUUAUGUUGGCUUUUGAUAUUUUCCUCUAUCUGGCACUGAUGAUUUAUUUUGAAAAAGUUUUGCCAAAUGAACAUGGACAUCAACAUUCGCCCCUGUUUUUCCUGAAGUCCUCAUUUUGGUCAAGACAACAUAAUGCUGGUCAUGUGGCCCUUGAAGAUGCAAUGUAUUCUGAUCCUUCAUCUAUUGACUCUUUUGAACCAGUGUCUCCAGAAUUCCAUGGGAAAGAAGCUAUCAGAAUCAGAAAUGUUACAAAAGAAUAUAAAGGAAAGCCUGAUAAAAUAAAAGCCUUAAAAGAUCUGACAUUUGACAUAUAUGAAGGCCAAAUCACUGCAAUACUUGGUCACAGUGGAGCUGGAAAAUCGACACUGUUAAACAUCCUUAGUGGGUUAUCAGUUCCCACCAAAGGUUUAGUCACAAUGUAUAACAAUAAACUUUCGGAAGUGGCUGACCUAGAAAAGAUCAGCGAGCUCACUGGAAUUUGCCCGCAGCUCAAUGUGCAAUUUGACUUCCUUACUGUGACAGAAAACCUCAGGCUCUUUGCUAAAAUAAAAGGAAUUCAGCCACAGGGAGUGGAAAAAGAGGUACAAAGAGUUUUGAUGGAACUGGAAAUGAAAAAUAUUCAGAAUGUCCUUGCUCAAAACUUAAGUGGCGGACAGAAAAGGAAACUCACCAUUGGGAUUACCAUUUUAGGAGACCCCCAGGUUUUGCUCUUAGAUGAACCAACUGCUGGACUGGAUCCCUUUUCAAGGCAUCAAGUGUGGAAUUUGCUGAAGGAGCGGAAAAUGGACCACGUGAUCCUCUUCAGUACUCAGUUCAUGGAUGAGGCUGACAUCCUGGCUGACAGGAAAGUGUUUCUCUCCAAAGGGAAGCUGAAGUGUGCAGGCUCGUCCCUGUUUCUAAAGAAGAAAUGGGGGAUUGGAUAUCACUUAAGUUUGCAGUUGAAUGAAAUGUGUGUUCAAGAAAAAAUAACAUCCCUUGUUAUCCAGCACAUACCUGAUGCCAAAUUAUCAGCAGCAAGUGAAGGAAAACUUGUCUAUACAUUGCCCUUGGGAAGAACAAAUAAAUUUCCAGAACUUUAUGAGAAUCUUGAUCUCCAUUCUGACCUGGGAAUUGAGACUUAUGGUGUUUCUAUGACAACUUUGAAUGAGGUGUUCCUGAAACUAGAAGGAGAAUCAACUAUUGACGAACCAGAUAUUGCCCCUUUGGGAGAAGUACAGGCAGAAGGAGCUGGAGACACAGAAAGACUUGUUGACAUGGAACAUGUUCUCUCUUCACUUAGUGAGAUGAAAGAUACAGUAGGUGGCAUGGCUCUGUGGGGACAGCAAAUCCUGGCAAUUGCAAGGGUCCGCUUCUUAAAGCUAAAGCAUGAAAGAAAAGCCCUUUUAACACUGCUAUCGAUUCUAGGAAUUGGAAUUAUACCUCUUCUUUGGGAGUUCAUCGUCUCUGAAUUAUAUGAAAGCAGUUAUACUUGGGAACUUACUCCUCAUUUAUACUUCCUUGCUCCUGGACAGCAACCACAUGAUCCUCUCACUCAAUUAUUAAUCAUCAAUAAAACAGGAGCAAACAUUGAUGACUUUAUACAUUCCGUGGAGCGUCAGAACAUAGCUCUGAAAGUGGAUGUAUCUGGAACUGAAAAUGGCCUAGAUGAUCCAUCUUAUAAUGGAGCCAUCAUAGUGUCUGGUCAUGAAAAGAAUUACAGAUUUUCACUAGCUUGCAAUGUCAAAAGACUGAAUUGCUUCCCAGUUCUUAUGCAUAUUGUUAGUAAUGGGCUACUUAAAAUGGUUAAGCCAUCAGCACUCAUCCAAACUGACAGAACUACAUUUGGGGCGGAAAUGCAGAGUUCUUUGGGAUUCCUGAUACCUUCUGUGUUCUGGUUGCUUUUGUCAUCCUGUUGUGCUCCUUAUAUUGCCAUGAGUAGCAUUGAUGAUUAUAAGAGCAGAGCUUGGUCCCAGCUACGGAUUUCGGGGCUCUUCCCUUCAGCUUACUGGCUUGGGCAAGCGUUGGUUGACAUUCCACUGUACUGGCUGAUGUUCCUCUUUAUGUUUUUAGUGGAUUCCCUUUUAACCUCUCCAGAGCAUAUAUUUUCCACUUUAAAUAAUUUUAUACAAAUCCCAAGUGCUAUUGGUUAUUCCAUGUCCCUUAUCUUCUUUACAUACAUAAUUUCGUUCAUCUGUCGCAAGGGGAGAAAAAACAGUGGCAUUUGGUCUCUGUGCUUCUUUAUUAUCACCAACGCCUGUGUGUUUAUAACAAUGAUCAGUUUAUUGGGACCUCAUACAAUGUAUAUUAUAGCCUUGUUAGUACCACAAAGCACACUACUUCUCUGUAUAUUCAUAUUUUGGCAUUUUAUAAUGUCUUCUAUGUUUCGUGAUGAUUCAGAUGAUAUACAGCCCUUUCUAGUAGUCCUAAUUCCUGUGCUUCAUUUUAUCAUCUUCCUUUUUAUUCUUCGAUGUCUGGAAUGGAAGUUUGGAAAGAAAUCAAUGAGAAGGGAUCCCUUCUUUAGAAUUUCUCCAAGAAGCAGCAAUGUAUGCCCAAAUCCAGAAGAUCCAGGAACGGAGGAUGAAGAUGUGCAGAUGGAAAGAGUGAGAACAACAAAUUCCUUGAAUUCCACCAACUUUGAUGAGAAACCAGUAAUUAUUGCCAGCUGUCUACGCAAGGAGUAUGUAGGGAAGAGGAAACACUGCUUUUCUAAGAUGAAGAAGAAAAUCGCCACAAGAAAUGUCUCUUUCUGUGUUAGAAAAGGUGAGGUUUUAGGAUUACUAGGACACAAUGGAGCUGGUAAAAGUACAUCCAUUAGGAUGAUAACUGGAGACUCAAAACCAACUGCUGGACAGGUGCUGCUAAAAGGCAGCAGCGAAGGAGCCACCCCCAAGUUCCUGGGGUACUGCCCUCAGGAGGACGCGCUGUGGCCCAACCUGACGGUGAGGCAACACCUGGAGGUGUUCGCUGCGGUGAAAGGGCUCAAGAAGGCGGAUGCCAAAGUCGCCAUCACACGGUUGGUGGAGGUGCUCAAGCUGCAGGACCAGCAGAAGCGGCCCGUGAGGACCUUAUCCCAGGGAAUCAAGAGAAAGCUGUGCUUCGCGCUGAGCAUGCUGGGAUGCCCAUCGGUGGUGCUGCUGGAUGAGCCGUCCACGGGCAUGGACCCCGAGGGGCAGCAGCAGAUGUGGCAGGCGAUCCGGACUACUGUUAAAAACACGGACAGGGGCGUCCUCCUGACCACCCAUUACAUGGCAGAGGCUGAGGCCGUGUGUGACCGUGUGGCCAUCAUGGUGUCAGGAAGGCUGAGAUGUAUCGGUUCCAUUCAGCACCUGAAGAGCAAAUUUGGCAAAGAUUACCUGCUAGAGAUGAAGUUGAAGACUCCCACGCAGGUGGAGGCCCUCCACUCGGAAAUUCUGAGGUUUUUCCCCCAGGCUGCUCGGCAGGAAAGGUACUCGUCUCUGAUGGUCUAUAAGUUGCCGGUGGAAGACGUGCGACCUUUAGCCCAAGCUUUCUUCAAAUUAGAGAAGGUUAAACAGACCUUCGACCUGGAGGAGUACAGCCUCUCGCAGUCCACCCUGGAGCAGGUUUUCCUGGAGCUGUCCAAGGAGCAGGAGCUGGAGAAUUUUGAUGAGGAACUUCACCCUUCUCUGAGGCAGAAGCUCCUGCUGCAGGAAGAGCCUUGAAGCCCCAAGUGCCUUGUGUCACUGUCCAAGCCUGUGGCUGUUUUUUAAGACAUUUCUGUUUCUAGCACCAAUGUUUACUUUUAGAACCUGCCUGGUAGACACUGGCCGGGUUUGGGUGUGGUGGUAAGGCUGAGCACUAGGCAAGCACAGUGACAGCAGGGACUGGGGCCUGGCUGCAUCUCCCUCCCAGGCCCAGCCUCUGUAUUUCUGCAGGUCUCCCUCACCCCACUUUUCUGCCUAAUGCUGAACAAAUGAACUUACUUCCAUAAGAUAGUUUCAGUCUCUGAAUAUGAUAUACAAAUUUUAAUUUUUUUGUCAAAGAUGUAAAAGCUUUUUUUUCUAACAUGGAUUGAAAAAUCCAUAUAUUUACUCUUGGCUUUACUUUGUAAAGCUGAUAUUUAAGUAAUAAUUUAAGUAACUGUGUGUCAAAAGUACCACACUUAUUGAAAUAAAUUUUAAUGUAUUUUCUUAUGACUAAAAAUAUUAAAACACCAUUGGUUGUAAUAUCUGAUAUCAAUAUAUUUGAUAACACAUCCUCUGGUAACACUAUCAAUCAUAUAGACACAGACUGGAAGACCACAAACUGGCUAUUAGGAAUUUAUUAUACUUUUCUUAUUUCUAUAAACCAGCAAAAUCCUAUUUUCAUUGUAUUUUUAAAUCUUUACUAAAGUUGCUUAUAUUGUAACUGAUCUUUUAUGGAUAUCUGCCACUUCAUCUCAGAAGGUUGAUAAACAUCAUAAAUAGGUCAAAUGACCAUGUUGGUAGAAAAGAUAAAAUAAAUCUUAUAUGUGUAGUUUA